UCUCGCGAGAGGCCAGCCAUGUUCUUUCAGCGGAGGGAAAGAGAGAAGAAAGAAGCGGAGAGAGCGCAGGAGCCCCCACCUCAGACCGGCCCGAGCCGCAACCACCUCACGCAGCCUGUCAACACCAUGAGCGAGGCCGAGACGGAGCAGCAACCCGAACAGCAGCAGCAGCAACAGCCAGACAAACCCAAAUCCCCCGGGGAGAAGAAAGUCAUCGCAACAAAGGUUCUUGGAACAGUAAAGUGGUUCAACGUACGAAAUGGAUAUGGAUUCAUCAACAGGAAUGAUACAAAGGAAGAUGUGUUUGUACAUCAGACUGCUAUAAAAAAGAAUAACCCACGGAAAUACCUCCGCAGUGUUGGAGACGGUGAAACUGUGGAGUUCGACGUAGUGGAAGGCGAAAAGGGUGCAGAAGCAGCAAACGUAACUGGUCCCGGAGGAGUUCCAGUCCAAGGAAGCCGAUAUGCCGCGGACAGAAAUCGUUAUCGUCGCUACAACCCUCGCCGCCGAGGUCCACCACGUAAUUACCAACAGAACAUUGAAGGUGGAGAGAAAGGAGAUGGAGCAGAGACAGCAACAGAUGGAGAAAACCAAGAUUAUCAAAAUCAGCAACAUCGCCCUCCCUACAGAAGACAGCGUUACCCACCUUACUUUGUUCGUCGUCGCUAUGGUCGCCGCCCACAAUAUAGCAACCAGCCUCAGGGAGAAAUUACUGAGGGUGGUGAAAUAAAUGAAAACCAGGUUGCUGGGGAAGAAGGUAAACCUAACAGAGGACAAAAUCGUUUUAGGGGCUACCGUCCACGCUACCGCAGAGGGCCUCCUCGCCCACGUCAACCAAGGGAGGGGAGUAGUGAAGAAGACAAAGAAAAUCAAGGGGAUGGCCAACAAGAUCAACAGUCUCAUCCCAGACGAUUUCGCCGCAACUACAACUACAGACGUCGUCGACCACAAAACCCUAAACCAAAAGAUGGCGAGGAGGCCAAGGCACCCGAAACACCAGCUGAGAACAUCUCUGCUCCUGAGACCGAGCAGGGCAAUGCUGAGUAACACCAGCUCAGCAUCUUUACCAUCAACUAAGUGAGUACUUUUUUGUCAUCAAAUGGAAGACCAUCAAAGUCAAAUUCCAGCAAUAAUAAGAAAAGUGAGCUUUCGACUGUAAUGAAGAUCUGCAGUGCUUGCAUACAGUUGACCAGAUACCAGAAUGUUUCACACAGUAAACCUAUGCACCAUGGUUUCUUAACCUUUCCUGAAACAGCUUUUUGGAACUGGCUUAAAACAGAUUUUUGUAGAUGGUCUAUUUUCCUUUUUACUUCAAAUGGUUUUUAAGCUUAUUUGAUAUCUGGUCAAUUUGAAUUUUUGAAAUACCAGUUUUUAAUUUGUAAGCAUUGUACACCUGAACUUUAAGUACAACCGGGCAUCUAAUAAAAGUCCGAAAGAACA